AUGAUGCUCAAGUACAAUGCAACCGAGAUGUUCAUCCAAUCAUUCGACAGUGUUGCCAACAACUAUCCAAUCAACACAACAUUGUUGAAGUGUGCUGCACAGUACAACAACACCAAGGCAUUCAAUCAUCUGAUCAAACAUCCAAACAUCAUCAUCGAUCAGACCGAGUUUCAUUUGGAAGAUAUCAGUCAGCACGGCAACAUUGAUAUACUUCAAUCAUACAUCGAUGCCACCGCAUGCCACUCGACGCACUACAUUGACUUCCUGACAUGCCUCCCACUUGCCAUCGACAAUGGCAACGAACACUUUGUCCGUCUCCUGCUUCAACACUUCAAGUCACGAGGCAGUAUUCCACGUCCAGUUGGCAUUCACGGAGAGACAGACAAUGACUACGGCAGGGUCAAAUCAGUCGAAGAUGCCGUACCCAAAUCAGUCACUCAAGCCAAAGACCGUCUCCGCAACUACAAGUUGAAGCGACAAGGCGUCAGCGUCGGGGUGCUCCGAGUGCUUCACGAGGAGUUUGGAUGUCUGUUCCUAUUUCACCAACUCCUUGACAAUAUCCUGAUCAAUACGGCCAAGUUCAAGAUGUCAGCCAGUGUCCAAUACAUCAUGGACAAUCUACCAGACCACAUGUCUGUUCGAAUCUUGGAGCACUUCUUCUAUCGUUGUGUCAAAGAUGGCAACAUCGAGUACCUUCGAAUGCUCAAUGAGACACAACAAGGUCAAAGGUAUCUCAAAGGUAUCUCAGAGAACGAUGACAAACCAGCUGCGACAGCACUGUCCCGUGGCCAUGUAGAGUUCAUCGAGUAUUUCAAUGGCAUCAUGGGUUUCGGGGAGACAGACCUCAGAGGUUUGGAGGAGGCUAUAAGAGCGAUGGCGGCCAUUCACACCGAUGACCUGGUGGCCGCAGAAUCACUCAUUCACAACAUCAAGUCACUUUGUCCCAAGUGGUGCCAGAGAAUGUCCACUUCGAUGGCCAUGCUGAUCACCAGACCACGAACUCCUGCGCUGGUCUUUUAUCUCGAGACUCUCAAGAACAUGGUGGUUGCCGUGGAAAAGCCUGGCAGCAACAUCACUGUGGACAUUGUGUGCAACUUCAUCGACAACUGCAACUUCGAAUCAAUUAAUCAUCAGUCAUAUGAAAAAUGGCAGCUUGAGGAGAUAAUGCUAAUAGCUUCGAACUUCUCCUUGGCCGUGAUGAAACACCUACACACCAGAUUCAAGGUUCCAUACCACAUGGUAAAGGUGCUGCAAAGCAGAUGUCGUGAGGCAAUGGAGUUCAUGAAGAAGAGCUUUGACGAGGUCGAAACUGAUGAUGGGUUUUAUUUCAUAUCCAAGGCAUCGAUUGAUGAGAUUAAGAUGAUGCUGGAGCACUCUGUCAAGUUCAGGAAAGAUCCUCAGAUUUGCAAAUGGGCAGCAAGCAAUCAAUCAUCAGAGGUGUUUGAGUAUGUCAUUGGUCUGUUCACGCCAGAUCAGAUUAUGGACAAUGGGUACACCACUACUCUGGAGAAGUUAGUACGGCGCGCACUCAGGAAUGACCGACCUCAGUACUUCCAGAUACUUCAACGACAGCUUGGCCUCACGGAUGGAGGACAAUCGUUGUUGUCCAAACUUGGACUCACCCUGUGA